AUGGGUUUGAACGGCAUGUCCGGCCUGAACGGACUACCAGGACAAUCUGGAAUGUUCGGAUCUGGCUCCGACUACAGACUUCCAGGAAGUCUUAACGGAAACUUCUUGGGCCAACAGCAGAACCGCUACCCAGGAAACAGUCCCUACGGGCUGUCCAGCUACGAAAUCGCUUCGAUCAUCUCUCAGAACCCUGCCGGUAGGACCAAAGUAUUUUUCUGGUACUGAAUUAGAAGAUUUCAGUCCUGCAGUACAUUCUGUCGGCUCUGCAACAAUCAGGAAUCUCGGCCAGAACUCUCCUCGUCGCCAUCCUCAGCGAGUCGCAGAGCAACCUUGGAGGCUUCAAUGGAUUCUCCGGCAGUGGCGAUUUUUUCGGCGCCACUGAAAUUGGAAGCUUCCCUGGCUUCCCCGGCAUGAAUGGACAAUCCGGCUACAACGGAUUCCCUGGAAUGAACGGUUUCCCUGGCUUCAACGAACUCCAAGGAAUGAACGGCCUUUCGGGAUUCAACGGAAUCUCUGGAAGCAGCAGACUUCCAGGAAUCGGAGGACCUUCUGGCUACAACGGCAUUCCCUCGAUCCGCAUGAAAUAA